AUGCUGGACAUCUCCGCCGAGCAGAGCGCGCUGCAAAUAAAGUUCCUAAAGGCGCUGGACCUGUUCUGCAUUUUUAAGUUCAUCAUCACCAAUGACGUAAAGAUACACGAGAGGGAGACGUACGAGCUGCUGACCAGCAUCCUCAAUUCGUAUUCGCUCAUCAGCGUCAACAGUCCGUCUCGGGAAGUUUUUUCCGAAGCGGAAAAGAUAUACCAGAAGUACUUUUGCAGCACUGGGGAGGAGACGAGCACAUCUGCCUCUGCGGGUUGUGAGGCGGAACUCGUGCCGGACUCAGAGCAGGCUCAGCGAAAUGGCCCCACUGCCCUGAAUGGCAGCACCUACGAGGAGGUGGGCAGCGCGCAGAAGCGGACGAGCAGCUCACAGAAGCGGACGAUCAACUUGGGGGAGAUCUUCACAAACGACUCCCUUUUCUCGAAACACCUAAGCAACAAGCAAAUCUUUCAAUUUUUUAAAUUCCCGAAAAGCAAAAAAGUGGGAGACUACGUGAACAAGUGCUGCGUGGACGAACUCAUAAACGAGCCAUUAAACAUAAAUGUAGGCUUCGUCAAAUUUGACAAGAAGAAAAGACGAAAGAAAAAAAGAAAGAGACCCAAAAAAGGGACAAUCAACAUCCCAACAAAUUUGUGUAAAUACAGCAGCGACUCGGGGAUACAUAACUCUCGCAUGAAAAACUCUUGUAGUUGCUUCCACGAAUCAAAGGAGAAUUCUAAAUUUUUUUCAAAUGAUUUUAAGAAAGUGGCCAAUGAAGCGGACCUAUCCGUUUCUGAUUCUUCGGAACUGUUCCCCAAUUUGAGGAGCUCCUUUGUUAGAACUCCUGCCACUAGCUACUUCGGCUUGAACACCCCCAACUGCAGCAACUCUGAAGAUGAAUCCGAUUAUAACUACUACAGCGAGAAUACCAAUAGGGAGGACGCGGGCAAGGGGCCCCACAAGACCAGGAACGUCAAGCUGCGCAAUCAGUACCUCUCGGUCAAGCUCUCCCUUUACAACUCGCGCCUGUGCAAUAGCGGCGGGAGGGCCGCCCCGGGGGGGGCAGCGGAGAGCGGCGCCGCCAACCACGCCAACCACGCCAACCACGCUAACUGUGAUAGCCAGGCGAGCAGCACAAACGGCGCACCCCGGGCGAACCACUUCUACGACGAGACCUCCAUGUGCUUCAACCACUUCCACGAAAUACACAACAUCCUCAACCGAGACCCCAACGGGCUCCGGAAAAUAAAAAUUAUGCUAAAGAAGGACAUCGGAACCAUCAGCAUCUCCCCAUUCUACAUAAACUUCGACUGCACCAGAAUAUUUAAAAACGUUUGCAGAGCUUUUAACUUCACCAAUUUUGAUUACAAAAAUCAAGGCGUCUACCAGAUUAUAAAUUCCUGUUUCAGUACCGCCCAAUCGGGGCAAAUUUUAAAGUACAUUUUUCUGGACGACCUUUACGAGCAGCAAGAAAUAUUUGAAAGCGAAAUGAAUGGCAAAAAAAAUGCCCGGAAAAAGAAUUUGUUCAAAAUGAGGAAUAAAGAACAUGUUUUAGAAAUGCUGGACGAUGAGAAAAGGAUUAACGUUUUGUAUUUUAUUAAUCGCUUUUUAUAUUCGCAGAAGACCCCCCUCUCCAAUUUGUUUGCAAGUCAUUGCCUGGAGAGCGCCGGCAUGAGAGGGGAGGACGGGCGCUCGGAGAGGUUGAAGCGGUCGAGCGAGUCGGCCAGGUCUCUCCCCCAACCGCCACCGGUGCAGCCCAGCCCCGCCUGCGAACCCGACGACGAUCCCCUCUUUGACGACCCCCUCUUUGACGACCCCCCCUUCGACGAACUCACCAUCGAUUACCUACUCUUCCUAAUGGUCUUCGAAAAAAAAAUCGACCACACAUUUCGCAAAUACCUGAUGCGAAAAAUUGACUCGUGCAGGGGCUACUUGCCAGAAGAGGGGCAAGAGAAGACCUCCCUCGAUGCCACCUACCACUCCGCCGCCACCGCUUCUUCCUUCGAUUCGCAACCGAACUGGAGUGCCUCCCACCACAAGGUCCGGAAGAUUGAACGUAGCGCCUUUCACCUGCAUGGGCAGGUAGAAAAGAAGCAGGUGAACGAUACUGAUUCAUCUGACGCUACGCAAAGUCGCCUUGAGGAGUUUAAACGGGGGGAAACUCCCAAUGGAAGAGUUGGCGUAAGCCCCGUUGUUCAUGACGGGGACAUUCGUGGAGGCGACAAAACGGAAGCCGCUCUACCCAACGGGGAGAUAACUUCCAUCGGCUCGUUUACGUCCCUCACGUCAUUCACGUCCCUCGCGACGCAGGCGACUCUAACGGCGCAGGAUAGCAUCACCACGCAGGAUGGCAUCUCAACGGGCGCUACCAUCUCAGCAAGCGGCACCACCUGUCGGCAGGCCGCCCCCCCGUCGGACAAGGCCUACAGCACGUGCAGCAUGAGCAGCGUAACGCCCAGCGGGAUCUCCAUAACCAAUACGCACGCCACAAACGAAACCCAAGACGAAGCGGGAAGUGCCCCGCCCCCCAACUUAGCAGAUAUCCAAUCGAAGUGGAACGAAUGGCAGAACAAAACGCAGCUUGUAAAAAAAACGAACGAAGAAAUGAGUGACUGCACGAAGAGCACCACGACGGAUGGCUACGAGGAAGUGGAAAAUGGCGUCCAAAGCGUCGUCGAAAAUGGCACCCAAAAUGGCAUCCAAAAUGGCAUCCAAAAGGAUGAGCAGAAUCACUGCGAACGGUUAGAAAAAACAGACCCCCCAUCUGACGCAGAGCCCAAAUAUAAGAGCAAAGCAAAAUACAAAUCCGAAAUUCAAAACGAAAUAACCCUGCUCAAGUGCAUAAGACCCUUCCCAACAGUGUACUGGCUAAUAAACAAAAACAUGUGUGGCUACAUUUCCCAUUUGGAAAAAAUGAAUAUCAUAAAAAAUAUAGAAUACUUCGUAAACUGCAAGAAGGAAGAAUUCCGCCUGCUCAGAUAUUACCUCAUCUAUGACCAUCUGAAGUAUAUAACAAUUCGCUUGAGACACAUUAACAAGAGGAUCUUCCGCUUCUUCUAUAAUUUAUUUUUAAAUAGCCAUAAUUUUAAGAAGCAGUUUUCUUCUGAUGAGAGUAGCCAGUGUAUAUCCUCCAUUUACACAAAUUCUUUUGAUUUCUCUCCCCAUGUUUUAACUGAGUUUAUGCGCACCUAUCAGAUUGACUCCCAAGUGAUUACCGAAAUCCUUCGGAAGAUUAACACCCUGCGGGUUAAAGGAAUUGGGGGCAUUUCAAAUUUCCUAACUGUGAAGUGCAUACACCUUUAUUUUGCUUCUCAUUUGUCUUAUCCAAACACCAUUGGGUAUAUCCUCGAGGAGUUUUUCAAAUCAUGA